AUGGGGGUCACCAAGCAAAAGGAGGGGAACGCCGUGGGGGCGGUGGAGUGCUACGGGCGGGCGGCCAGGGACGGACACGCCAAGGCGCAGCACAACCUGGCUGCGAUCUUCGAGAAGGGGAUGCCGGGGGUGCUCAAGAAUGACGCCGAGGCCGUGCGAUUGUUCCGGCUGGCGGCGGAGCAAGGGCUGGCGGAAUCCUCCUACAGUCUAGCGAUGCACCUCAAGUUCGGACUCGGGAUCGAGCAGGAUGACGCGAAGUGCGUGUACUACCUGGAACAAGCUAGUGAGCAAGGCCUGGCGAAGGCAAUGUUCAACUUGGGGCUCAUGUACGAGAAGCGCCGCGGGGUUAGCUCGGACGCGCCGGAGGAGGACUUGCUGGAGGCCACCCGGGAGUGCUACGAAGCGGCUGCUGAGGCUGGGGUCACCAAGGCGAUGGUAAACUUGGGCGUGUUGUAUCUGUCGGGACGGCUACCUGGACGGGAGCAGAGCGAGGCGCUAGGAUACUUCAAGAUGGCAGCGGAUCAAGGAGACUUGUCGGGUGGGUCUCGGGUCUGUGUGCCAUGA